GAAGUGAGACGAGGAGGAAUUGAAUGGAGAAUCGGAAGACAUCAGCGUACUACGAGAACAGAGCGGUGCAGUUCGGGGUAGUGAGCACCGAUUGGCUUGCUCAGGCUCAGUCCGCCACUGUCCCUCGUACCCCUUCUCCUCCUCCUCCAUCUCCUCCUCUUCCUCCUUCCCACAAUGACGCCGACGAACCCUUCUCCGUCAUCCAGGAGUUCGACACCUGGCGCAAGCACCCCGAUUUGGCGGAGGCCGUCGCCGCCAUUCGUGCCUUGGCCGCCGUUAUCCGCUCCAGCAAGGCCACCACCAUGAUGCAGCUCGAAAUCCAACUCAAAAGCGCCUCUGAUUCCCUCAAAUGUUGGGAUACAACCUCAAUCUCCUUAACCGCCGCCUGCGAUCUCUUCAUGCGAUACGUCACCAGGACUUCCGCUCUCGAGUACGAAGACUUCAAUUCCGCCAAGUCUCGCUUGCUCGAACGCGCCGAUAAGUUCGGCGAAAUCUCCUUCAAGGCUCGCGAAAUCAUUGCAAUGCUGAGCCAGGAUUUUAUAUUCGACGGUUGCACAAUUCUUGUUCACGGUUUCUCCAGAGUCGUGCUUCAGAUUCUCAAACUCGCUGCACAGAAUAACAAGCUCUUUAGAGUCUUGUGCACAGAGGGGAGACCAGAUAGAACGGGUUUGCGGUUUUCCAAUGAGCUGGCGAAGCUUGAUGUGACUGUGAAACUUGUUAUAGACUCUGCAGUGGCUUAUACUAUGGAUGAGGUUGACAUGGUGUUUGUUGGGGCAGAUGGAGUUGUUGAAAGUGGUGGUAUAAUCAACAUGAUGGGAACUUACCAAAUUGCAAUGGUGGCUAAGAGUAUGAACAAGCCAGUUUAUGUGGCUGCUGAAAGUUACAAGUUUUGUGAGAAUGGAUUAUAGUGAUGCAAAGCAGAAGAAUAAGAGAUGAGAGUGGUGGGGUUAACCUGAGAAGGAAAGAAGAAGGGUUGACAAUAAUGUUGGCCAUGAAAAGCAGAAAGUGAAGGAGAAAUUAGAGAAAUGUGUUUUUUGAAGGAUGAAGGGUUGGUUUGGAAGAAUGAAUCUUAUAUAAGAGAAAUGAGUGAGUGUGUGGUGUUUUCAGAAAGGAACAUUAACUCAAGCAGUUAUUCCUUAGGAAUAUUUAUGUUGAAUCCACGCCAUGAUAGAAUCUGAUAUAAUCCUUUGAUAACUUCUUUCUCCUUUCUUAACUACUUCUAAUCAAAUUCCUUCGUGAGAAUGUUCUUUUCUUUCAAAAAACAUUAUAAAUGCUACCGUGUAAUUUUAGUAUUUUGAGUUAGAAUCUUCUAUACUAACUUUCCCAAA